GCAGCGACUGUGAGUGUGACUAGUAUCUUCUGUUUUUCUGGUGCAUCGAGCUUUUUUCUCUAGGUGCGUACUUUCUCCAUUUACUACCACGCUCUAAAUUCUGCGAUCAUAGCGAAGAUGUCGUUACUUUCUGCCGCGACGUCCCCUGAGGACCUACCAGCCUUUUUCCGCGACUCCGCAAGUGAUAGCAGCUCGACCGCGGCAGAUGCGGACCAUUUCCAUCUUUCGAGGAUCGCCCAACGGAGUGCUGUCGGAGCGCUGCAGCCACCAUUUUACGAGAAUGAUGUGAAAGAAAGGACGAAGGAGCUAUUAUUUGGAUUUCACAAAUACAUUGAGCGCGCUGACGUUUACAGUGCGAAGGAUUUGCUUGACGUCGCCUACAUUCCGAAAUGGUUUCUCGGCAUGCUGGGUUUGGCGGUGACGGACGAGUCGCGUGCUUACCAACGAAACCCGUCCUUGAAGCGAACCAGAGGAAACUUCUUCAUUGCCCCGAACCCGUUUUAUUUCAACUACGACGCAUACGCGUGCCGGCCGUGGGACAUGGUUCAGGAGUCCAAAAGUGGGUUUCGGCUCUGCGUCUGGUGGGUGCAUCCAGUGCUCCAAGAGCUCAGCCCUUACUUCGAUCGACAACCUGAAGCUGUACUAAAUUCGGAGUUGGUGGAACAGCUUGACAAGAAAGGUCUCCUCUACGAGCUAUGCCGUGCAGUCGCACGAAUACGAAACCACAAUUCAGUGAACGAGAGCGAAGCUUUCGUACCAGAAGAACUUCUUAAUUUUGAUGCCACGAUGGCGAUCCCGCUGAACCAGUUGCAAUUGCUUGCACCAGUUAAGUAUCUGCACACAUGGCGUGACUGUGGUGUCGAGCACGUGGACGAGCUGCGCCAGUUGCAAACUGACGUCCACGAUUUUUUACGGGAGGAGUUCCGGAUGAACGAGGCAGACGUGGCUGCGGCCGAGAUGGUCUUUCAUUCGACAACCAGGGUGCGAAAUCCCAAUUUUGGCGACCAGACCCGAGGGCAGUACUUGCAUCUGCACCUGCAGGUUUACGCCGGAAGGGCGCCGGACGCCGUGUACGUCCCGAGUAUCAGUUGUAUGCAGCGGUCUGCGGCACUGUGCGCGAUUGUUGAAGCUCUUGCUGCUCGGGGGGAUAUUAAGGAGCUGGCGCAGUUUCCCCACGAGUAUUACGACGAAAGUGAGGACUUUGAAACCUUCUCGAAGUGCAGUUCAACUACAGCCUCUUCCACAGAGGUAUCGGGCACUAUGCUUCUUCAAUCUUCUCCUCUUCCGAAAAAUAAGAAAACGGUACCGGCUACAAGCACAAACCGGCCCGGACUACUGCAGUCUGACAACCCAGAAAUUAUGAUCUUGAUGUCCCCAGAUGAAAAGUUGGAGCGCUCACCGCAACGCAUUUUCAGUACAGCGAUGUGUAGGACCGAGUGCGAGAUGGAGGCGCUGAGAAUGUAUCACGGACUUGCUGGAGUUUUCGACAGUGCGGAUUGGACGACGGAGGAGGUGAUGUUUGUGUUGCGGCGCUGCUUCUGCGGCGAGAAGUUCGCUGCCGAUUGGACGUUGGACGCUAGACGGCGGAAGCGCCCUCCUCAACUCCACCUAGUCGUGGGCGCGAAAGGUGUCGGCAAGACUACGUACGUCAAGCAAGCAAUCUGUAACGGAGGCCUCGGAGCAGGCAACCUGUUUUUCAUUGAUGGCUGUAACAUGAGGAGCGAAGAUCUGAUGCGUCCGAAAUUCAAAAGUUUCCAGUUCAAGCUGCAGAUUUUACGGUGGUGCGUGAGGUACGGUUUCGACGUCGUCAUGACGCGAUCGAAGGCCUUGGACGACAAGUCCGCUGAGUGGUUGCAGAUAGUUGAAGAGGAGGAGGAGGCUUUGUCCCGCACGCACAGCCAUCCCUUGAAGUAUCAGGUUGCAAUGCACGUCGUCGUAGCGGCGUGCGGAGCGUGCGCCUCGCGCGCCGUCAAGCGCGACAGGGCGGGAGACACAGCCCCGUGUACCUACGCUCAACAUCGCGAUAUCUACAAGGCAUCACUGGAAGCGGUUGCUGGAAAGAUGAAGAUCGCAGCCAGAAUUGACAAUUUGAUUGUGGUGGACAACUCGGAAGAUUGCACCGACCAGAGCAAAGCCUGUGCGACAUUUCGAGAUACGGCGUUCGCGUUACCGACACCGCACGCGGACCGCUUCUUGGCGAAAAUGACGUUGCGUGCAUGUGCGUCGGGGUUUCCGUUUGAGCCACAUCUUGUGAGUCCGCCCGAGCUGAGUGGGGAGACGAAUCCGAGCCUCGUGCUGAUCCGCGGACCGCCAGGAGCGGGGAAAACUACACUCUGGCGCACACUGUCGUCUGAUCAGAGUGCCAGAUGCGAUUUGGCAGGAGAUAUGUCUGGAGGCGGUGGCCGGGGCAUGAUGUCGCAGGCGGUUGUUGUCGAUGGAGAGCUUUUUUGCCAAGAGUUUGCCAAGGAAUGGGGAUUUACGCAGAUCACUAUUUCUCUUCUAGCAGACGACCAGCACGCUCGGGCGGCUCGCGACACGUGGAAACAGCGAAGUGUAGAUUAUGCUUUUUCCAACCAGCACUCGUUGAUCGUACCCAUUACCGUCGACGUUGCAAAAGCUAGAGCGCUUGCGAAGGAUGCGACGAAACACGGCUACGCGGUUGAAGUGUGGGUGUGUCUCGCGGAGGCGAAAACUAACGAAGAGCGCCUGCAGCAGCGUCAUCUAGAUACGGGAACGCCGGGCUUCGACGAAGAAGUCUUUAAGAGAUCCUACGGCACAUUGUGUCGCGAGUACCCAACUGCGUUCAACGAUGCUCUCGAACACACUGCAUCGACAGCAACCCUGCACUUGCGCAGGAUGCGCUUCUUUCGAGACGGAAAGGAGUUGCUGAAUCAAAUCGAUAUCGACACUGCAACGAAGUGGGUGCAGAAGUUUUCGUCACACGAUGUGCGGACUGAGAAUACCCGCUGCGACAACUGA